AUGUCUUCCCCGAGCCUCAAGCGCAAGGCAGAAGCCUCGUGCCCUGGUGAACCCGACGACGAUAUUGCACGCAAGAGGGGAACUCCAACUAAGGAAAAGACAGUGGAUGAUGCACUCAACGCGAAGAACUUCUUGAACCAAGCCAUCGAUUCCAUGUACGAUGUAGUUAAAGUCGAGAGGCAGCGCGCCGACACUCUUGAGGGAUGCGUAGCCUCCUAUCAGGAAGCUGUAGACACGUGGAAGGAUUGCACAGAAAAGACAGAGAGACGUCUGUACACGGAAACGACGCGCGCCGACAAGGAGCAAGAACGCGCAGACAAGGAACGAAAGAGCGCCGAUGAGCUUCGGGAACUACUGCACUUUGCUCGAAUCGAGACCCUGGACGAGAAACGCCGAGCUGAUAGCGCUCUAGAGUUGGCGGCAACUGCGUCGACCGCGGACCAUCGUCAAUCGAAGGUGUCGGUUUUGAACAGUGAAAUUGCACUUCUCACGCAGAACUUGAAUGAUCAAGAAAAGGAAUGCAAGGAGCAGGCUCUAGCCCGUGACGAGCUCAAUCACAUAUGCGAGAAGCAGGUCGAAGAGUACCAAGAUCUGAAGGAGGAGUACGAGAAGCAAGCCAAGGAACUCAAAAGGCUCGAAAAGAAAGUGGCCAAGCAUGAUGCACGUUUCAGAGAGCUGAAGGAUGCCUUGAAGAAGGGAGCAGCUGCAGUCAGUGAGGCAUCAGAUGCCUAUUCGAAGGCUCUAGCACUGACGGAGAAGAAAAAGGCGUAG